UUGAAGUUUGAACUCUUCUCUAAGCUUCCUUCUAAGCUCUCAUGGGUCUGCAACUGCAACCAUCCCACUCGUCUUCUUCCUCUUCCUGGCAUUGGGAAUACGAUGUGUUCCUCAACUUCAGAGGCCCUGACACUCGCUACGGUUUCACAGGCUAUCUCUACAAAGCUCUCUGUGACAAGGGAAUUCAUGCCUUCAUGGAUUUUGACGAUAUUCACAGAGGGAAUGAAAUCUCCGCAUCACUUAUGAAGGCAAUUGAAGCGUCCAGGAUUGCGAUUCUUGUGUUCUCUAAGAACUAUGCUGAAUCUUCUUAUUGCCUAAACGAACUGGUGAAGAUCAUGGAGUGCUCUCAGCGUCAUGGCCAGUUUGUUUUGCCAGUAUUUUACAGCGUCGAUCCUAGCGUCGUGCGGCAUCAGAAAGGUAUUUAUGAGGAGGCAUUGGCUAAGACUGGAAGGACGUUUGAGCAUGCCAUGGACAGAGUGCAAAGAUGGAGGACUGCCAUGGCUGACGCAGCUAACUUGUCUGGCUUGCAUUUUAAAGGGGAUGGAUACGGAUAUGAGUUUGUUGAGAAAAUUGUUGAACAAGUGUCAAGGGUGAUUAAACGUGUUGGUGAUUAUCCAGUUGAACUAGAGUCCCAGGAACAAGCUUCCUACUCGUCUUUGGCUCCUUGCUUGAGCAAUGGAUGGAAAUACGAUGUGUUCCUCAGCUUCAGAGGCACUGAUACUCGAUUUGGUUUCACUGGCAAUCUCUACAAUGUUCUUUGUGGCAAGGGAAUCCACACCUUCAUGGAUGAUGAGGCUCUUCAUAGAGGGAAUGAAAUCUCAGGAACACUUGACAAGGCAAUUGAAGGGUCCAAGAUUGCUAUACUUGUGUUCUCGAAGAACUAUGCUUAUUCUUCUUAUUGCUUAGAUGAACUUGUUAAGAUCAUGAAGUGCUCUCAAUCUAAUUCCCAGUGUGUUUUGCCGGUUUUUUAUAACGUGGAUCCUCCUCACGUUCGACAUCAGCGUGGUAGUUAUGAGGAAGCACUGGCUAAGCAUGAGGAGAGGUUCAAGAAUGAUGUAGACAGACUGCGAGAUUGGAGGGCUGCUCUGCAUCAGGCAGCUAACUUAACAGGCUUCCAUUUCAAAGGGAAUGAGUAUGAACAUGAGUUUAUUGGAAAGAUCGUUCGGGUGGUGUCGCGGAAUAUUAGAAAUAUUGCUUCACCUGUGGUAGGAAUCCAUGAAAAUGGUGGUACAGGUUCCAAUUUGUUUGCAGAAGCAGAGUCUCUUCUCCAAGACAACCAACGCAACACUUCAAAAGUCAAAGCAGAAACUGAAGCUAAUGUUGAAAACUUCAUGGAAGUCGAUGUGUUUGAGAAGUCCGUAUGUGUUCAGUUGGAAUCGUUGAAGCGAAAGAAGCGAGAACUUGAAGGGGAAAUCCGUGCCAUUAAUGACCAGAUAACAGAAUUCCAAAGAAAGACAGUUGCAAAGAGAAAAAAAGCGUUUGACAGUGGAAAAAAUGCCAAGUUGAAAAGCAUAGUUACAUGAAUUUAUCAAUUAGGCGGCAUUUUCUGUAUCAUUUUGUUGUAGCAAUUUGUUCACGUUCCAAAAUAUCAUGAAUCGCAUAUAAAUUCGCCAAUAAAGAUAGUGAUGGUAUUAUCUCCAACUAAUACUUGAUGUAUAGAAAGAGAAAAACCACAGUCAUAAAUGUUUGAAUUGCAAAGAGGAAAAGCAAGCAAAUAUAUCUAGAAGAAAUUAAAAAAAGAAUAAGUGAAGACUGAAGAGAGAAAAAGAUAGAAGGGUAGAGCCAACUAAGAAAAUAAGUUUACUUUUUUAUUUAUUUAUUUAAGA